UAAAAGAUACCGCCGGAUAGGCGCUUCAGCCGUCAUGCGACAAUGACCAUGGCGCUUCGCUCGACUUGCCGUCUGAACAGCGAAUUGAGAGCAAUCAUGCGGUCAGUUUCUGUGGAGAGUUGAUGGGAGAGAGAGGUAGGACAGGGGUAAUGGAAAUGGUGGGGGGAAUCGUGGGGAGAAAAAGAUUUGGCCCCACAAUGGUUUUCUGCCAUGGGACACCGCAGUAUUUGAUCUCGAUAUCGGCCCAUUUUCUCGAGAGCUCCUUCCUCCUCUGUUCCAUGAGUCGCAACAAUCCUCGGGGUUUUCCGUGAACAACUCAAUUCGACAUUCACCAUGAAGAGAAAAGCGUCUGGCCCCGCCGACGGCAAGAAGCCAACCAAGAAGCGAUCCAAGAACACUCUCAGCGACGAAGACGCCAAAGCUCGAUUUCGGAAGGGCCUCUUCGACAAAGGUGUUCUAGACAAGAAUACCUCGCAGUAUGCGUCGUCAAGCCCCUAUAAACACGGCGUGAUCAACGGUCUGGUCGACGACAAGCUCCUGCGCAAUGUCCGCUCCGAGAUCAAGACCAACGUUCACUUUACCCCCAAGGAAACCGACAUCUACAAGAUCCACCAGAGUGGCGAUCUUGCGAAUCUGGACGGUCUCGAUAACGAAGCGCUGGCGAAACUGCCCUCGCUCCUUGCCUUGCGCGACGCUCUCUACUCGCAAACCUUUCGCGACUAUGUUUCUCACAUCACCAACUCCGGACCCCUAAGUGGGCGCAAGACCGACAUGGCCAUCAACGUCUAUACCCCCGGCUGCUACUUGUUGUGCCACGACGAUGUCAUCGGCUCUCGCAAAGUCAGCUACAUCCUCUACCUGACCGACCCGGAUACGCUAUGGCAGCCCGAAUGGGGUGGCGCACUGCGACUUUUCCCUGUGGUGGAUCGCAAGGGCAAGGACGGUGAGGUGGCCAAGACGCCGCUGCCUGACGUCGCCAAAGUCAUUCCGCCAGCAUGGAACCAGCUUUCUUUCUUCGCGGUGCAGCCGGGCGAAUCAUUUCACGACGUCGAGGAGGUGUACCACGCCGCGUCCAAGGAGGAGCUGGACAAAAAUGGCGGGCGCAUUCGCAUGGCUAUUAGCGGGUGGUUCCACAUCCCCCAACCUGGGGAGGACGGAUAUGUCGAGGGAGCUGAGGAAAAGGCCGCCCAAAAGAGUGGCCUAAUGCAGCUCCAAGGCAACCCUGAUCAACAUGACCAGCCCCAAGCCAAGCCGGUAGAAGUCGAGGGCGAAGAUGAUGAAAACGACGACGACGAAUUCCCCCUGGACGCGGCAGAUCUCGAGUUCUUGCUCAAAUACAUUGCCCCUACCUACCUGGCGCCCGACACGGUCGAGCGCAUCGCGGACCACUUCGAGGAGGAGUUCAGUAUCACGUUACCAGACGUACUGCAUCCCAAGUUUUCGGAAAAGCUGCGCAAGUAUGUCGAAUCACAAGAGGCAAAGACACCACCAGAGGACAGCAAGGAGAUCGAGAAGGGUGCUUGGAAGGUUGCCCGCCCGCCACACAAGCACCGGUAUCUCUACCUGCAGCCUGGCCAGAAGAAACUGGAACCCUCGCCCCUGAAAGAGCUGCUUGAAGUUCUGCUGCCGUCUAAGCAAUUCCGCCUCUGGCUGCAAAUGGCGACACGCUCUCGCAUAGAAAGCCACGAUCUUCUAGCUCGGCGGUUCCGCCACGGCAAGGACUACACACUUGCGACCGGGCACGACGGGAAACCGAGGUUGGAGGUGAACAUUGGGCUGACCCCUACGGAGGGUUGGGGCGACGUCGAGGAUGACGAUGCUGACUCGGAAGCCUCGUCUGAGCCCGAGGAGAGCAGCAACAAGAACGGCAAGAAGGCCGCUGCGAACGGCAAGGGCAAGGGCAAAGGCAACGCCGACGACAAGGCCAAGACCAAGGGGAAGGGCAAAGCAGUCGACCAAGACGUGGAUAUGGAUGAAGACGAAGAAGAAGAGGUUGGCGGCCACGAGGUGUACAUGGCCGGCGACGACGACGGUAACGAAGACGCGGCCAUUUACAAGAGCAGCGCCGACGACGACAACAUUCUCUUCUUCCAGGCGGCGGCAUGGAAUAAAAUGUCCAUCGUGCUCCGCGACAGCGGGACUCUGCGCUUUGUCAAGUAUGUCAGCGCCAGCGCCAAGGGCGACCGUUGGGAUGUCAGCGGCACAUUCGAGAUCGAGGAGCAAGAUGAGGACCCAAGCGAGGACGAGAACGGCGAGGGUGGGGCUGGUGUGUUGGACGAGUCCGAGGAAGAGUUCAAUGGGUUUUCGAGCAGUGAGGAGAGCGACUCGGAUUAGGUUUCUGCUGGGACAUGCUGGGACAUGAACAACUUGUUGACGAUCACGGCUGGCCCCAUAUCUUCUUGCUCAACAUACGUGGGCACCUUGGAAUUGGUGUUC